AUGUUUAACUUUAAUCAAACAAAGGACGCACUGGAUAUUGCCAACAACUACACAUCUUCCUCAACUACUUCAGAUAACAACAACGAUAUGCCAACUACCGAUCCUCCACCUCCAUCACCUCCAAGUGAGGAUAUAAUUACAUUUGAGAUGGAUGAUGAUAUUGCCACUUCCUCUUCUUCUUCCUCCCCUUCCACUUCUACCGAUUCCACUUCCGAUAUAACUACCACCAUCACUACCGUCGAGUCCGACGAUUCAACUACUACUAUUAUUUUUGAAGAACCAGCUGAACUGGAAGAUGAUUGUUAUGAAGAGAAUGUUACAUUUGCCGAGCAGAGUGAUGCUGGAGACGCCUGGGAACUGGAGUUUUAUGGUACCAAGUUGUUUGGUACAAGACUGCGACAGACCAACAAGUACAAGAUGAUGAGAAUCAAGCGUUUCUUUGUAAAGUCCUACGACCAAGCCCGCGACGCCAUCAGAUCCAGCAACAUUGCUGAUCAGUGUGCCGUCGAGAAGCAGUCCAGCUCAGUCAGAAAGAGCAACCGUCCAACUUAUGGUGGUCCUACCGACCCUUCCUACGAGAAGCAACUUCGCGACGCCAUCUCAAUGUCCGCCGCCGACUAUGACCGUCAGGUCCGCACUGCCCGCAACCCACUCUCCCAGGCUCAGAUCAACGACAUUCUCAACCGUGAGCUUACACCAGAGGACUAUGAGCUGCUCCUUCUGCUGGACACCACUGUCAAGCCCAAGACCACACCCACCUCUGUCAUGUCCUCCUUCCAGACUGUCCGCUACUCUGCCUCAAAGUACGAGUUUGACACAUGCAUGGUGUGUCUGUCCGAGUUUGAGGAGCAAGAGUCUCUCACAUUGCUGCCCAAGUGUAACCAUAUUUUCCACGCCAACUGUAUCACUAACUGGCUAUCUCAAUCAUCAAGAAACUGUCCAAUCGAUGGACUGCCUUGUUAUGAUUGUUGA